UCCUCCAACUGCAGUUUGUAAUAAAGAAAUCUCAUCAUUGUACCCAGAUUUUCAAUGUCUUGGUUUCGCUGGAUAAUACCGAGGGCAACAUUGUAAAUCAUGUCUCAAAAUAUAAUAAAUUCAGACGGUAAAAAUAUACUCGACGCCCCUGAGCUUUACUUCAUAUGCACGCAUGUGUACGCAAACAUGCGCACAGCGGUGUGGGUGUGUCCUAACAAUGCAGGGUCAUUCGAGGACGCAGCGUUUUUUUUCUUUUUUGCAAAGAACGCACACGGUGAAGAGACAACGACAAGGACGAGACGAGAAACUCGCGCUUCCUCCCGCUGUCCUUGGUAAUUCCAGCUCCAAUAGCGUAUCUAAAGUUAAAAAGCUCGUCGUUGGAUCUCGGGAUCGAGCAGAGGGUCCGCCGCGAGGCGAGCCUCCAACCCCAGCCUCUCGACCGCCCACGGGUAGAACAACGAAGUCUCGAUAUAUGUCCAUCAAUGCAUAAUACCUGAUCGACGGUCACCUCCCUCCGUGUAUAUAAGUCUUAAAGAUGGCUCUAGACAGCAGACGGAAGGAGCUGCUGUUGAAAACGCUGAUGGAGCUGGGGAAGGACGAAUUUGAGUGCUUCAAGUUCUACACGGACCUGCCUAAAAGGCUGCGUGAAAACACCUGCCGUGUGUACAUUGCUGACCAGCUGGUGAUGAAGCACGGCGAUAACACUCUGCAUGAGACCGUCAAGAUUCUGGAGAAGAUCGGGAACAACAAUUUGGCCCAGGACCUGCGCAGCGACAUGCUGAAAAUAAAAGGCGCCGACUUCUCCGUCAACGAUGACGAUCAGAUUGCCAGAUUGAAGAGGGAGCUCCAAGACAACCUGCGGCGUUUAUACAGCUUUGCUUCCGAGGGCACCACCGAGCGCUGGCAGCAGCAGCCUCUGGCGGAAGUCUACACGGAGCUGGACGUCACCUCCGGGGCAGACAUCAGCCCAGACGGGCGGCACGAGGUCCUUCAAGUGGAGACGUGUGCCGCCGAGGCCAAGGUGUCUAUCCUGCCGUGCGACAUCUUCAAAAACCAUGACGGGAAGCCUCGCCCGAUACGCACGCUGCUCACCUUUGGCUUCGCGGGAAUUGGGAAAACCUUCCUGAUUCAAAAGUUUGUGUCGGACUGGGCCAAUGGUAGUACUAACCAGGAUGUGGACUUCAUAUUUCCUUUCACCUUCAGCGAGUUAAACAUGGAGAAAGGGGAGAGCUUUACGUUGGCUAAGCUGAUCCAAACUUUUGUCUGUGGAGACAGGCACAUGAGCGAGACACUGAACAAUAUAUUUGUCAACCUGCAAACUUCUGGGAAGCGGGACUUUGAAAGCAACCGAAUCAAGAUCUUGUUUAUCCUCGACGGACUGGAUGAGUGCAACUUCAAAAUUGACUUGAAGAAAGUGAGGAAAGUGGACAUGGACGUGAGGGAAAGCUACCCGCUGGAGGUACUGCUGGCAUAUCUCAUCAAAGGGAACUUGCUUCCCUGCGCCCGGGUUUGGAUUACAACGCGGCCCGGGGCAGCCCACGAUAUCCCUUCCGACCUCAUAGACAGCCGAACAGAGGUUAGAGGAUUCAGCGAUUCCCGGAAGUUGGAGUACUUCAGGAAAAGGUUCCCAAAUGAGGAGCGCGUCAUUGAGCACAUUCGGAAAUCUCGCACCAUCUUCAUCAUGUGCCACAUUCCCAUCUUCUGCUGGCUCACCGCCAUAGUUCUUAAGGGUACUUUGGACAAAGGGAAGAAGGGAGAGCUUCCCACAACGCUGACUUACAUGUACUCAGCGCUUAUAGGUCACCUCCUAGAAAACUCCAAGGAGACAAAUACAACGGAGUACGUUUGUGGCGUGAAAGCGCUAGCAAAGCUGGCCUUUGACCACACCAUCAAUCAGCGUCAGAUCUUCGAUGAAAAGGACCUAGAGGACAGCGGUUUUGAUUACAGCCAAGCCGCUAAAUACUCCGGUUUGUUCACCGAGGUGUUAAGGGAGGUCCAUCCGCUCAGAAGCAACAAAAAAAAGAUGUUUCAGUUUAUCCACCUGACCAUCCAGGAGUAUCUGGCCGCACUAUACGUGAUGAUGAGCCUCUUCCACGACAACAAGAACGUACUGAAUGAUUCAGAAUGGAAAAAAAUAAACCAGAAGGCAAUCACUGAGGUCCAGCAGUCGGCUCUGGAGAAAGCCUCAGAGAGUGAAGGAAACCUGGACAUGUUCCUCCGCUUCCUCCUUGGCCUUUCCUUACCGUGCAACCAGGAACUAGUGGGGGAACUGCUGAAGGCUCCUCAGGACUGCGAGCAAAGCAAGUCAAAGACAGUCGAUUUGAUCACGGAAAGGAUCGAACAGAACACUCCAGAGAAGAAUGUCAACUUAUUCUACUGCCUAAACGAGCUGAAGGACGACUCCUUGCUGAAGCGGAUCCAGAAGGAACUAGAUUCAGGACGACAUCUGUCCUGGUAUCAAAUGUCAAAUGACAUGUGGUCGGCCCUGGCCUUUUUCUUACUUACAGACGACGAAACCAUGAAGUCCUUUCAUCUUUCCCGCUACUCUCCAGGGCCUUCGGGGCUCGAGAAGCUGCUGUUGGUUAUCAAGGCUUCUCAAAAAUCAGAUCUAAGUUUAUGUAACCUAGACAAAGGCAGCUGUCAUCUGCUGGCUUCCGUUCUCAGUUCUCCAUCCAACCUGAGGCAUCUGAAUCUGGGCUUGAACCAUCUGUCGGACGAGGGGGUGGAGAUCCUCUCGAAAGGACUGGCCAGCCAACACUGCAACUUAGAAGUCCUCAACCUGUCCGACUGUGGGAUCACCAGUAAAGGAUGUGUUUCAUUGGCCAAGGCUCUCAAGUUAAACCCCUCCCAUCUUCAAGAGCUGGACCUGAGCUGGAACAAACUGUCGUAUGAAGGGGUUGAGAUCCUCUCGGAAGGACUGGACAGCCCACUCUACAUCUUAAAAGUCCUCAGUCUAUUUGAUUGUGACCUGGACAUUGGCAGCUGUCACCUGUUGGCUACUGUUCUCAGUUCUCCAUCCAACCUGAGGCAUCUGGACCUGUACUCCAAUGAUCUAUCGGACAAGGGGGUGGAGAUCCUCUCGAAAGGACUGGCCAGCCAACACUGCAACUUAGAAGUCCUCAACCUGUCCCGAUGUGGGAUCACCAGAAAAGGAUGUGUUUCAUUGGCGGAAGCUCUCAAGUUAAACCCCUCCCAUCUUCAAGAGCUGGACCUGAGCAAGAACCAGUUGUCUGACGAGGGGGUCGAGAUCCUAUCGAAAGGACUGGCCAGCCCACGUUGCAUCUUAAAAGUCCUCAAGCUGUCCGACUGCGGGAUCACCAGUAAAGGAUGUGUUUCAUUGGCUGAGGCUCUCAAGUUAACCUCCUCCCAUCUUCAAGAGCUGUACCUGAGCAAGAACAAGCUGUCUGACGAGGGGGUCGAGAUCCUAUCGAAAGGACUGGCCAGCAAACACUGCAUCUUAAAAGUCCUCAAGCUGCACAACUGCAGGAUUACCAGUAAAGGAUGCGUUUCGUUGGCUGAAGUUCUCAAGUUGAACCCCUCCCAUCUUCAGGACCUGUACCUUUCCAAGAACAAACUAUCGGACGAGGGGGUUGAGAUUCUCUCAAAAGGACUGGCCAGCCCACACUGCAUCUUAAAAGUUCUGAAGCUGUCAGAGUGCGAGAUCACGAAGAAAGGAUGUGCUUCAUUGGCCGAGGCUCUCAAGUUAAACCCCUCCCAUCUUCAAGAGUUAUUUCUCAUCAACUAUCAAAUAGAGGAAGAAGACGAGAGGGUCUUAUUGAAGAUCAAGAAGGAUCCCAGCUAUAGCCUGAGGACUGUCAAAUUUAACACAUGGGAAUAAGAACGUUUUGUCCUUUGCAUCAAGAAGGGCAAGUCAUUCCAAUUAUCCAUUUGUCCUGGGAGGGUCUGUCCAAAAGGAUUGGACUUUGAGCACCAUCAAUGGCAGCCAAUGAGUUCAAUAAGUACCCUUUAAAGGGUUAACUUAUAUUUUUCACAAAUUGAAAAGAAAAUGUCAUAUGUACACUUGAAAUAGUUUUGCUCAUUUUGACAUCAAUGUUUUAAAUUUGAUCAUUUUCACUUUAUGUAAAAUGUUGUUUUGUAUGACAACAUUAAAACUAGGCUUGCCACCCGUCCCUUGAAAUACGGAGUCGUUCCAUAAUUGGGAAUCAAAAGUUGUGUUCCAUACUGAACUAAUACGGAAUGCUGUUUAUUCCGUAUUUCUCAGUUGUCCCAUUGGGCAACCCCGCGGAUCCGGAGGGGCGGGUGGCAGUGCCCUAGCUCAUCCACGUCAGUCACACACACACACCCGCGCUCACAAGUGAACACUGAACCAACAAUAAUGAACAAAAUAAAGUGCAGGAAAUAUUAAAGAGAGCAAAAUAUGUUAUCUGCCUGUUGUCUGCACUGCGCUCCACUUCCGGGUUUGUUGCCUAGUUACCUCGCUCGCUCUGGUCAGUGUACCGACCCGCGCGUUUUAAAAACAAAUAUGUCUAAACAGCUGACACUCACGACAGCCCACAUCGUCCUCAAAAGAGGAAACAUCUCCAAAAAGAAUAGACUGGAGUGGGAAGGGGGUAACCCGUGGCUCGAUAGUCACUGAUGAUGAUUAUAAACAGGGGUGCACAUAAUUAUUUUGCCCAGGUUCUCAGAGGAGGACCUGGAGAUGUGACUUGGUCCUCAUUGAGCUUGAGAGCCGACCCGCCUGAUGCGAUAAAAUUAUGACAAGCUUUACUUAGAGCCAAUUACCUUUAAUUAAUUAUAUAAACAAUUAACCCUUGAUUAACAUCAACUGGCACAACAAAAUUGCCAUUACUUUGAAGUGAAAUGUAAAGUAAUAAACAUAAAAGCACUAAUUCAAAAUAAAGGGCAUUCAUAUGCGGCUCUCGCAUUAACUCCAAGCCUUUGUAAAAGUGGGAUGUCCUCCUCAUAAGAGCUCAUUGAACGUGCAUGUUUAGCUUUGUGAAAUGCGAGCAAAAACACGUUUGUCAGCGCAUGGCGCUGUUCUACAAUAACUUUAUUCCGCCACUUGUCCAUAGGGCGAGUGGGGUCCUGUCUGACAUCGAUAGUUUGAUUAAUUGCCACAUGCUCUGUUUUUUUCGUGCUUUUCAAAGUUUGGAUGGCUAAAAUUCUUUGACCCUACAUAAAAUGCGCUGCUCUUAUUAGCGACAUUGGGAUUCUCACGGCAAAUGUUGCACCACAUUUCCGUGCGAGCAUCAUUUGCUUCUAGCCAUGGUACCUCCUGCAGCCACUUUUCAGCAAAAGUCCUUUUUUUCGGUAGCUCCGGUGAUGUCUCUGUCGUCUGUCUGUCUUUUGACGGGGGUGGGGAACACGGAAAUAAUUACUCAGUGGGGCCCGUCUCUUUGACAUUUUGAGAAGUGAUUUUCUCGUGUCCGCCACAAAUACAGUGGUCAGCUAGGCCUGUCGCAAUAACAAAUAUUAGUGUGCGAUCAUUAUUCUCAUAAAUUAUUGCGAUAUUAUUGCGCCCCCCCCCCAAUUUUUUUUUUUUCAACCAAUUUACAAUAACACAGUGAGAAUACAGUAUACAUUCAUAGAUAAAUUCAAAAAUACUUUUUAAGAAAUCACAACUAAAAACAAUAAACCAUGCCACUUAAGUAAAAAAAGACAACAAUAUUGAUACCGCACAGCACCACAGAAUAAAUAAAAUGUUUUAAAAAAAAAAAAAAAAAAAAUGCACUUAAUAACUUAAGCAUUUAGGCAAAUGAAAACUUUUCCCCGUCAUAACUUCUGCAAUGGUGUUCCAUAGGGAUGCAACGAUACAGUUAAGUCACGGUUCGGUACGAUUUUUGAUACGGGGUCACGAUUUUCGAUCCGAUUCAAUACAUUUAAUGCUCUGUAAAAAAAGAAAUAACAAUUACAUUUUUUGUUUCGUUUUUUUUUUUUGCUAGCGAGCAAAAAUUAAAUUGCCAUCAUAUAAACAUGUAUUUUAGUGCAUAAUAUUUACUGUAUGUGCUUACUUCUUACUGAUCUGAAAAAUGUUUGUACAAAAGAGCUGAGAACAAUCUUUACAGUUGGUAAAGUGAGGCAAGGCACACUGUUGAUUGCUACAGCUUUCUUAACAGCUAAGUUUACUUCAUGAGCAAGACAUCCUAUUUGUUGUCCGAAUCCAUCUGUGUCACGUACUGAAAUAACAAUAUUUGCAACAUUAUCUGUAGUCACUGGUAUGGAAUGAUUUGGCCUUCUUAACUUCCAUUCAGUCAUGACAGUUUAGAAUUCAUCGAUGUAGUAUAUUGACUACGUAACCCAUAAUCACUCUGUGCUCACGUAGCCAAUGGCAUGGGACGUAGCACAUCUAGUGUGCCAUUUCAUGAUAUCUAGUGUGCGCGCGCAUUAAAAAAGUUAACAAGCGCCGCUGAAGUCACGUCUGCUCAUUACUACACAACACCAGCAUAUGACACAGCGCUCUUAAUUUCAUUCAGCUGUUUAUUGUCAAAGCGAGGUUGUUCGUAGCAGCCUAGUCGGUAACAAUGUUUUGGCGGACUUCGUUGUAAAUAUCCGGCGUUGUGCCAAAAAACAGCCACCUGCGUGAAAUGUCACUCCUGACGGGAGCGCCCACACGUCAACGACACCGGCGCGCUGUAGAUGGUCCACAGUCACUCCGGAGCACUGAUGCGGCCGGUAUACGUUGAACAAUAGGAUAUAAUGGGAACGAUUGGCUCCGGCGCUAGUUUUUGCCGGACUUGGAACGAAGAUGCAUUUUGCGCAGUUGGUAACGAGGAAUCCGAACUUUUAACAGCACGUCUGCCGCACGCGCGCACACACGUGCACGCGAGGUGAUAAGUCGCAGCGGAAAAAUUACCGCCUUCAUUUUUAUAUAUCACGCGAUAAAUGGAAUUAUUGCAUAUUGCGACAGGCUUAUGGUCAGCCAUUGGUACGCAAAAGCGUAUGGAAGCCGUUGAGGGCCAGCGCGUUUGUCUAUGUCCGGUACGCAUGCGCGCAUGCGGACCACUUAUGUGCACCCCUGAUUAUAAAGCAAACUGCAAGGCAUGAAGGAAAGCUUUUUCAAUGUCUCACGGAGGUGCGACAGACCUCCACAAACUGAAUAUAAGAUCCCCGAGGAGCCACUUUUGUCACAAUUCCUUGUACCUGUAACAUCCCCUGAGCUUGAUUUGGUAUGUUGUUAUGCUCUUGUAUAUUGAUGACAUACUGUAUAGCCUACCGUAAUCUCCCGAAUAUAACGCAUUUUUUAAAAAUCAAAAUUUAUUUGCAUGGUUUAGCACAAUAAUACCUAAUCCCAACAACAGUGAUAUGAUGAUCAACUUUCAAGUUGUGAAUAAU